AAAGCAGGCUGGUUUUUUUUUAGGGACCGCAGACGCGUCCCUGGAUCGUGUUGGGUGUUUUUUUUUCUAGCCGUUUCCACGCGGUGUUGCCGGCGGGUCGCGGUUGUUGAAGGGCGGGGGCAAAGGUCAGCGGUGAAGAUAUGUCCUCGGUCAGGCAAGAAGGUAAGGACAGAAUCAUCUUCGUCACCAAGGAAGAUCAUGCAACACCAAGCAGUGCUGAGCUUGUAGAGGAGGACCCUAAUGAUCCUUAUGAAGAGCGAGGCCUUAUUCUUCCCAAUGGCGAGAUUAACUGGAACUGUCCCUGCCUUGGUGGGAUGGCGAGUGGUCCCUGUGGAACAGAAUUCAAGGAGGCCUUCUCCUGCUUCCAUUACAGUAAGGAGGAGGUGAAGGGCUCCGACUGCCUGGAGCAGUUCAGAGCCAUGCAGGAAUGCAUGCAGUGUUACCCAGAGCUGUAUCCUCAGGAAGACGAGAAGAAGUCACAAGGCAAAUCUGCUGAAACAGACCAGCUGAAUGAACAAGAAUCAGCCAUGGAAGAAACGUCCCCUCCCCUCCCCGCCUCUGCCCCUGCGCAAGACUCUGACCCCACAUCUCCAUCAGCCCCUGCCGACGCCAAACCAGCCCCCUCGGAAGGCUCGGAGGAGAGCUAAUAUUGACCCCGUGUGAACCGCAAGGCACAUGUCAUCAAUAAUAUAAUGUAUUUAUCCAAGAAGUGAAGGUGCUCCUUUUUCUUAUUGAUUCGGUGUGAGGAAUGAAAGAUGACAAGCUGUUCCAUCCUUGACAGACGUUUCCAGCCGCUGGGCUUGAGUAAGACGAGAUGAGACACUCUCUCAUCUGCGGACCAAACUUAGUACACACACUGUGAGGUGUCGCGCACAUUUCCCACUUCGGUCUGGUGGCAAACAAUCCCUGACUCCUGUGCCGCGUUCGCAGUUACAUGCUCUGAAACUGUACGAUUGCAGUAAAAACCGUGAAAACGUUUUUUUUACACUACGUACUGCAUUUGA